AUGUGUGUGUGUGCGGGCUGCCGGGCUUCCCCGAGCCGGCGGGGAGCCGCUCCGCUCCAGGUGGCGGGCGGCGGGAGCGAGGGAGCGGACAUGGACUUCGACUCGUACCAGCACUAUUUCUACGACUAUGACUGCGGAGAGGAUUUCUACCGCUCCACGGCGCCCAGCGAGGACAUCUGGAAGAAAUUCGAGCUGGUGCCGUCGCCCCCCACGUCGCCGCCCUGGGGCUCGGGUCCCGGCAUCGGGGACCCAGCCUCUGGGAUUAGUCCCGGGGAGCCUUGGCCCGGAGGGGGUGCCGGGGACGAGGUGGAAUCUCGGGGCCAUUCGAAAGCUUGGGGCAGGAAUUAUGCUUCCAUCAUCCGCCGUGACUGCAUGUGGAGUGGCUUCUCUGCCCGGGAACGGCUGGAGAGAGUAGUGAGCGACCGACUCACCCCAGGCGCACCCCGGGGGAACCCUCCCAAAGCGCCCGCUACCCCGGACUGCACUCCCAGCCUGGAAGCCAGUAGUAACCCGGCGCCUGCCACCCCGUGUCAGCUGGGCGAACCCAAGACUCAGGCCUGCUCCGGGUCCGAGAGCCCCAGCGACUCCGAGGGCGAAGAAAUCGACGUGGUAACGGUGGAGAAGAGGCGAUCUCUGGACAUCCGGAAGCCAGUCACCAUCACGGUGCGAGCAGACCCCCUGGACCCGUGCAUGAAACAUUUCCACAUCUCUAUCCACCAGCAACAGCAUAACUAUGCUGCCCGCUUUCCUCCAGAAAGUUGCUCUCAGGAGGGGGCUCCAGAGAGGGGUCCCCAGGAACCAGAGGCUCCAGAGGUAGAAGCUCCCAAGGGGAAAGAGGAGGAAGAGGAAGAGGAGGAGGAGGAAGAGAUUGUGAGCCCCCCUCCUGUAGAAAGCGAGACUCCCCAGUCCUGCCACCCAAAACCUGUCAGUUCUGACACUGAGGACGUGACCAAGAGGAAGAACCAUAACUUCUUAGAACGAAAAAGGAGGAAUGACCUCCGUUCGCGGUUCCUGGCCCUGAGGGACCAGGUGCCCACCCUGGCCAGCUGCUCUAAGGCCCCCAAAGUUGUGAUCCUAAGCAAGGCCUUAGAGUACUUGCAAGCUCUGGUGGGGGCUGAAAAGAAGAUGGCUACAGAGAAAAGGCAGCUCCGGUGUCGGCAGCAGCAGCUGCAGAAAAGAAUCGCGUACCUCAGUGGCUACUAA